AUGCCACCUGCGACGGUCCAGAAUGGCUCUUCAUCCCAGAAACAUGGCUCGCCCGGGUUUAACGCAGGAGCGCGGCCUUACAGAUCGCACAAGGUCCGGGCUUGUGACUUAUGUAGAAAGCGCAAGUCCCGAUGCACGGUUGACAUUCCGGGUCAAUCAUGCCUCUUGUGUCGGGUCCAAGGUGCCGAUUGUCAUUACCAGGAGGAACCCAGCCAGGACCCUCCGAUCCCCAAUGGCUCGCCGUCGAAGGGAUGGAUAGUUGAUCCCGUCACGGAAGGCCUGGCUCCCGGUCAGAAGCGCAAGCGCAUUUCUGAAAGUGACUCUCCCCCGCACCCUGUUCGCCCUCUGGAUGACACCGUUACUCGGCCCAGGGCCUCUUCGGCAGUGGAUAGCCGGGGGAGCGAGUCUAGGCGGCAGGGGGACGAAGACCCGCAUAACGAAUCUGUUCAGAUUGUCGGUCCGGUCGUGGCCGAUGACGCCCAGGUUAUCGAGAAGUUUAUGCCCCCGGAAACGUCGAACCAAUCAGAGACACCCAAAAAUCAUCCGUAUAAUGUCUAUUCUAAUGAUCCGAGGAAACCAAUUCUUUACACCACCAUCUCCAGACGGAGAAAGGGUAUGCGACGGGGAAUCCCGCCGGGGGAAAACCAAAAGGAGAUUCUUGAACAGAUUCUUGGGCCUUUUAGGCAUGAUCUAGUCCGCCUGUUUUUAGACCGAUUUAAUGUAGCAUUUCCUAUCUUUGACGGCGAAAGCUUCUGGGAGGCCUACAACUCAGAUUCGCCAAGUGAGCCACCGGCUUCUCUUCUCUGUCAGGUUUAUUCCAUGUCACUGGUCUACUGGAAGCAUACUGCGAAGCUCGCCUGUCACCCCAAACCGGAUGUUCGAUACGCAGUCAACAUGACCGUGGCUGCCCUCCACGAGGAAUUCUCGGCCCCCGGGCUAUCUACGAUCAGUGCAGCGCUGAUCGACUUGACUGGGCGACCGAUCUUCUCGAUGACCGGCAAUGCCAUUAGUUGCGGACGGAUGAUCUCGCUAGCGCACUGUCUUGGGCUGAACCGCGAUCCGUGUCUGUGGAAGAUGUCCGAGCGGGAAAAGAACAAUCGCAUUCGCCUAUGGUGGGGUGUUGUCAUUCAUGACCGCUGGGGAAGCUUUGGACAUGGCGUGCCUCCUCAAAUUGCCAAGAAUCAAUACGAUGUUCCUUUGCCCACCAUCGAUGGCUUGUUGCCUCAAGCUGGGCGUACCACCGAGCGUGUGAGGGCCGCCCACUGUCACAUUGCACUCUGUCGAUUGACAGAAAUCCUCGGGGAGCUGUUACCCCUUGUCUAUGGCCUUCAACAGCGCCAGCCCCGCGAAACAAACAAGAAGAUCCGCCAAAUUCGAACGGAUCUCGACAUGUGGGAAGACUCUCUACCCGACUGGUUGAGAAUUCCCGUGAACCCGUCAGAGGAUCGCAUAUCCGGCACGAGUAGCUUGCAGCUGGGCUUUUUGGCUGUCAAAAUGCUCGUCAGUCGGGUCGAGCUCACCGAGGUCAACAACGCAGAAACCGAAAACCCCGAAGCUCGUCGCUACUUCCAAACCGAAUGUCGCAGGUCCGCCGAAGAAAUCGUCCAAUUCAUAUCAUCUCUCCGAACGGAGAACUACAAAGAAUUCUGGCUUCCUUACAGCGCCUUCCACCUCACAUCCACAGCAACCCUUCUUGUCCGCUGCGCCCUCGAGACCACCGACGGCGAAGUCGCCCGGUCCUGUCUCGCAAACGUCGAAACCCUGCGGACCAUCCUACGCCGCGUCCGGGAGGAAGAAGACUGGGACGUAGCCGACAUGUGCCUCGACCACUGCGAGCACAUCCUCAACCGACUCCCCGGGAACAGCAACAACGCGGACCCGAGCUUCAGCGGCAUCGGACAGGCCGAUAACCGACUGGUCAAUCCGGCGGCGAUAUCGCUGCCCGAGACGCAGACGAAUAACGAUAUAGUUGACGACAUGAUGUCUAUCUCUGGGACGUUCGGCACCAUGGAUGGCUUCCCGUUCGAUAUGACGGGGAUUUGGGAUGUUUCGGUCUUUCAAGAUGUAAACUUAACGUGA